AUGGACACUUGGCAUCUGAUCAUACACGGGUACGCCUCAAACGGAUUAGGAGAUGAUGGAUUAGAAAUGUUUGAACAGAUGAGAAACCAUGGAUUACAACCAAACGAAGAAACCUUCCUUGCUGUUCUUGAAUCUUGUGCAGGCGCUGAAGCCAUUGAAGAAGGAUUCAUACACUUUGAAUCAAUGCAAAAAGAAUACGGAAUUUCCCCCAAAAUCGAACAUUAUUUAGGGGUUUUAGCCAUUUUUGGAAAAUCUGGACACCUUGAUCAAGCUUUGGAGUACAUCCAGACAUUACCAUUUGAACCCACAUCAGAAAUCUGGGAAGCUGUAAUGAACUAUGCUCGAAUCCAUGGAGAUAUCGAUCUUGAAGACAGAGCUGAAGAGAUCUUAAUCAAUCUUGAUCCAUCAAAGAUUGACCCAGAAAAGAUUCCAACGCCCCUUCCGAAGAAAUUUUCUGCCAUUAACAUGCUUGAAGGUAAGAACAGGGUGGGUGAGUUUAGAAACCCUAGUUUAUACAAAGAUGAAGAAAAGUUUAGGGCUGCAAAUAAAGAGCAGAGUUAUGUCCCGGAUACCAGGUAUGUUCUUCAUGAUAUUGAUCAAGAAGCUAAAGAACAGGCUUUACUUUAUCAUAGUGAAAGAUUGGCAAUUGCUUAUGGAUUAAUUUCUACUCCUGCAAGAACACCUCUAAGGAUUAUAAAGAAUCUUCGUGUUUGUGGUGAUUGUCAUAAUGCUAUCAAGAUUAUGUCGAGGAUUGUGGGGAGGGAAUUGAUUGUUAGAGAUAAUAAAAGGUUUCAUCAUUUUAAAGAAGGGAAGUGUUCUUGUGGGGAUUAUUGGUAG